AUGACGACCACAUUACAAUGCGGCGCCUGUGCGAAAGCAAUAAAAGAAGAUAGUGAAAAGGUGUUCUGCUACGGCCCGUGUGGUUUGAUACUGCACCUAAAAUGUACUGAUGAUAUUGAUAAGCAUGGGUUGAAGGCAAUGGAAACAAAUCGUGGUUUGAAAUAUCUGUGCCAUGGUUGUCGGAAGCACCAAUCAGGUCACAACGAAAUUUUGGCAAAAUGUAACGACAUUUUUGAAAAAAUGAAUGAGAAUUUUGAGUUGUGGAAAAAUGUUUUUAAUGAGAAGAUUAAACUACUGGAGCACGAUAUUGGCAUACAAGUAGAGAAAGCAGUAGAAAGUUUAAAACAUGAACUGUCCCGAAAAUCAUCUGGUAAUACAAAUAAAAAAUCGUUUGCUGAUGUACUAAAAAAUGAUAACGGAAAAAAUAUUACCCCGAGCGGUCCUAGCCGAAAUCUUAGAUCUAGAAAGCGACCUAGAAUUGACGAUAAUGAUACGUUAUCCCCGACUAUCAAUACCAGUGACAACCCGCUCUCAUCGGUUAGUGAUCCACAGUCUCACAAAAAUGAUUGCGUCAUCGUUGUUCGCCCAAAAGAAACAAAGCAAAGUGCCAAAAAAACUAAGUGUGACCUAAGCAAUCAUAUUGAUCGUGUUUUGCAUAAGAUUCAAACAGUUCGUGAAGGGAACAGUGGAUCAAUUAUUCUUGGCAUCAAAUGUGCUGAUGCUGUAGAACCCGCGGUUGCCGAUGUUAGGAAAAAGCUUGGUGAAAAUUACGAGGUGUCAGUCCCAAAACCAAUCAAACCGAGACUGAAGAUUGUAGGUGUUGCCGAUAUGCUUUCUGAAAGUGAACUUAUGGAAUGUGUGAAGGACCAGAAUAAAUCAGUCAACUUGACUGAGUUGAAAUUAAUCACCUGCUUCAAAUCAGUGCGUAACGACAUUACGCCUAUGAUUGUGAAUGACGUCUGCAGUCCCGAUUCCGUCACUCGCCUGCCGACUGCCAUCGCAGAUCCAGUUCUUGAUGCUGCUUUGAAUGUAUCCCCAGUUCCUGAUGCCGCCAUAAUUUUUUCUCCAGGUAAAGCUUGGGAGGGUAUAUGUCCUCUCGAAGCUACACUCGAUACUGCACCUCCUCAAAAGAACUCCUGUUUGCAGCCAAUGACUGAGAAUGACGUCUGCAAUCCCGAUUCCGUCACUCGUCACUUCCUGCUGACUGACAUCGCAGAUCCGGAUCCUGAUGCUACUACUGUACAACUAAAAAUAUACUAUCAAAACGUGCGAGGUUUGCGCACCAAAAUCGACGACUUCUUUGUUGCUGUUUAUGAUGCGGAAUUUGAUGUGAUUGUACUAUCGGAGACAUGGCUGAACGACGACAUCUCCUCGCUGCAGUUGUUUGGUUCUGGUUACACAGUCUACCGGAAUGAUCGUGACUCAAAAAGUAACAUCUGCAACUUGUUCGCUAAACAUUUCUUAAGUGUCUUCGAAACAAUUUCAUUUGAUCCUGCUCAGAUGGAAUUCGGGCUCAGAGAUGUUCCUUGCGAUAUUAUAAGUCUUGGUAACAUUCAAUUCACAUGCGAAGAAAUCAUUUUUGCGUUGAAAAAACUGAAGUCAUCAACAUCAACUGGCCCAGAUGGCAUUCCUGCCAUCAUACUCAAACGAUGCGCGAAUGCACUGUGUGUUCCUCUAAAGAUAAUCUUCAAUAAGUCUCUGUCGCAAGGAAUAUUUCCACAAUGCUGGAAAAAAUCGUACAUGUUCCCUGUGUUCAAGAAAGGAAAUAAGCAAGACGUAGCAAAUUACCGCGGUAUAACUUCUCUUUGUGCUGGUUCUAAGUUAUUCGAAAUUCUCGUUAGCAAUGUUCUGUUUGAAAAAACCAAAUCAUACAUAUCGACCGAUCAACAUGGUUUUUUCCCCGGUAGAUCAACAGCUACGAAUUUAGUUCAAUUUACGUCACACUGCAUCAGAAACAUUGAAGAUGGAGCACAGGUUGAUACAGUUUAUACAGACCUUAAAGCAGCGUUCGAUCGUGUUGACCAUACUCUGCUACUUGCGAAAAUUCGAAAACUAGGUGCAUCGGAAACAUUCACAGAUUGGCUCAAAUCGUAUCUUGUUGGCCGUUCACUUUCUGUUAAGCUUGGGAAUUGUGAAUCAAAUAGCUUCUCGAAUCUGUCGGGUGUGCCUCAAGGUAGCAAUCUCGGACCUAUACUAUUUUCUUUGUUCUACAACGACAUCUGUUUUGCCUUGCCACCAGGGUGUAGGCUUGUUUAUGCAGACGAUCUCAAGCUAUUUCAUAUCAUUAGAUCUGAAGAAGACUGCAUGGCCUUACAACGACAAGUUGAUGUCUUCAGCGACUGGUGUACGCGUAACCGAUUGACGCUUAGUAUAUCGAAAUGCUCCGUUAUUUCAUUCACACGCAAGAAAGAACCUAUUCUCUGGAGAUACACUAUUUUUGGAGAAUUCCUUGAGAGAGUAUCAAUUGUAAGGGACUUAGGUGUAGUACUUGAUUCUCAGCUGUCGUUCAGAGACCACUACUCCCAUAUCAUUGCACAAGCUAACCGGAAUCUUGGAUUUAUCUUUAAAAUAGCAAAAGAAUUCAGUGACCCUUACUGUCUCAGAUCAUUGUAUUUCACCCUUGUCCGAUCUGUUCUUGAAGCUUCAUCGGUAAUAUGGUGUCCUUACGCGGACGUUUGGAUUAACCGAAUUGAAUCAAUACAAGCUAAAUUCCUCCGCUACGCCCUCAGAUCUUUACCUUGGCGCAACCCGACAGAAUUACCACCUUAUACUGAUCGUUGUCGAUUACUGGGUAUGGACACACUUUCAAAAAGGAGAAAUAUUUCCAGAGCUGUAUUUAUAGGAAAACUAUUGAUGGGACAAAUUGACGCUCCUAAUAUCCUUUCUCAAGUAAAUAUCAAUGUACCACCUAGAACUUUAAGAUCGCGGAACUUUUUAAGACUUGACUAUCAACGUACUGACUAUGGACAAAACGAACCCAUUAGGGGAAUGUGUAAUAGUUUUAAUAGUGCUUAUGAAUGUUUUGAUUUUUCCAUUUCAUGUGAUGUUUUUAAAAAUAGACUAAGAAGAUUAUUGUAAUGUAUAAGUGUAAGCCCACAAUGUAAUAUGAAAAUGUAUGUAGAACUGUAUUAUUGUCAAC